AUGCGGCACUACAACGUCAGCAGCGUCACGGGCCGCCGCGUCAACCCGGACGAGGGCGCGGUGGAGUACAGCGUGCGGUGGUCGGGGUACGACAGCGUGUGCGACACGUGGGAGCCCCGCGGCAACCUCCUCGCGUACUGCGCCGGCCCCGUCGGCGAGGUGGACGCGCGCGAGGCGACCGCGGCGCUGCGGCGCAUUGCCUCGUGGGCCAACGGGACGGAGGCGUCGAAGCGCGCGCGCGACGCAACCCCCGCGCCGGAGGAGGCCCCGCCGCUGCACGGCAUCAUCGUGCGCAGCGGCGCAGGGGACGAGGCGAGGGGCGGGGCGUCGCUUGUGGCCCUCGGCGAGCGUGUCUUGGCGGACGCCACCUCGCAGGGGCUGAACCCGACAAAAAAGAAGCGGCUGCAGGGCCAAGGCGAGCGUGACCCCGCCUGCGAUCCAGCGCUGCAGCUGGAGAGGUGCUGGCAGGAGCAACACGCCGUGAGUUUCAUGCACACCUGCGCCGUCUCCGCCUGUCGCACGCCGGCACCGCUGCAGUUCGAGUUGGGCACCUGCACCGAUAAGUGCCGUGACGCGUCCAGCAUAGAGAUUUACGGCAUCGCGCCCGCCGCGCUCGUUCGCAGUGGACAAAUGUACGACACCGUUACGAGUUGCGAGCCCCUGAUUGGCCGCGCCGAGGCGGAGCACCUCCGUGGGCAGUGCAAAUUCAACAGCGCGCUCGCCCACACGACGCAAACGCUGCUGCGUGGCAAGCGCGAGCAGCUCGUCGUGCGGUAUUUUCUCAUGGGGAAUGAUGAGGGGCAGGAGCAGACGCUGCUGACGAUGCCAUUGUCUGUGUUCCGUCGCUACUACCCGCAGUUGCUGCUGGACUUCCUGCUGCGUCAUGUGCUAGUCAUGGAGUCCGCGUAG